AUGACGCGACGCAGCCUCACGUUCAGUCACACCACAACAACCAUCCCCAAUGACUUAUCAUACAGGACAGCACAAUUUCAAAUACAAAUCAAAAUUACCGUACAUUCUACCAGUGGCUCCAUCCAGAUCAAGAAGAAGCAGCAAGAUGUGGUGGGCUUCCUGGAAGCAUUGAAGGUUGACUACACCCAGCUAGACAUCGCAUGCAAUGAGGAGAACCGCAUGUGGAUGAGGCAAAAUGUUCCAGAGGAGAAGAAACCCUCCAAUGGCAUCCCACUGCCCCCUCAGAUUUUCAAUGAAGAGAGUUACUGUGGGGACUAUGAGACAUUCUUUGAUGCCAAGGAAGACAACUCGGUAUUUGCCUUCUUGGGGUUAGCCCCUCCUCCUGGUUCAAAGGAAGCACUGAAGGCUGAUGAGGAAGAACACAUAAUGGAGAAUGGCACUCAUGCUGAAGAAACCAAUGAGGAGGGAAUGGAUGACUCAAUAGUUCCAGAGGUAGACCGUAACGGCGAUGUCUACGAAAACGAGGACGAGGAGGGCAAAGAGGACGUGGAAGAACCGGUAGCAGAGCCUGAAGAAAAUGAAGACUCCGAAGGAGGAGGAGACAACGAACCUGAAGACACAGGUCAUGCAGAGGAGUAUGAAGAACAGGAACAAAUGGAUCUCAGAGGUACAGUAAAAGUGCAUUGGCCUUCAUCCCUUUCUUCAGUACCCUCUCAACCAGUUAUCACAUGUGUUGUCCCGUCGUUGUCUGCUGAAAACCUCAACUGUCCCAUCAGUUUUAUUCUGAAGACCCAUCGAUAUCGCAUGCCUGUGCUGCUCUUUUGCUGCCCACAGCCUGCUAAUCUGCAGUCUCUUAUUAUUCCUUAUAGGAUGAUGAGGAACUACGGCAGCUCGAGGGAGAAGAAGACUACUUGGAAGAAACACAGGAAGAAGAGGCUGAGUAGUUAA